UGCACGGUGUAUAGCGGAGAACUUUUUAGACUAUCAUUGACCUCUAUUCAAAAUCCAACCCUCCUUUUUGCCCUUCCCGGUGUAGAUCGUAGAGACAGAGAGAGAGAGAGAGAGAGAGAGAGAGAGAAUUGGGGAGGAUGAAGGAGGUGGUGCUGCACAUCUACGACGUGACAAACAGCGGAUCGGAGAAGACGAACAACACCAUCCUCCAGAUCAACCGCAUCUUUAAGGAUCGGAUCGGCCUCGGUGGCAUCUUCCACAGCGCCAUUCAGGUUUAUGGAGAUGAAGAAUGGUCAUUUGGGUUUUGUGAACAAGGUUCUGGGGUUUUUAGUUGUCCACCAGGAAAAAAUCCUAUGUAUACCUAUCGUGAGCAUAUUAUUCUGGGAGAAACAAACUGCUCCAUUUUGAAAGUAAAUCAAAUUCUGAGAGAGCUUAGCCAAGCUUGGCCAGGACAUUCAUAUGAUCUUUUAGCCAAGAACUGCAAUCAUUUUUGUGAUGCUUUCUGUGAAAGGCUAGGUGUUCAAAAGCUUCCAGGUUGGGUCAAUCGCUUUGCCAAUGCUGGUGAUACUGCUAUAGUAGUUGCAGAAAAUGCAGCACUCCAUCUGAGGCAAGCAAAAGACGAGAUUGUUACUGCUAGCAAAGUGGCAUACAGGUUCAUGGCUGGUCUAGCCUCUAAUUCCCGGGCCACUCCAGAGUCCCCGAGCUAUUCAAACAGAGGUAGCCCUCGAUUUCAGGGUGCAUGGUUCAAGAACUUGAUGUCCAUUGGUGCCAAGCCAUCGGCUGGCACUUCGGAGAUUCCAGAUGAAACUGAUGACAGUCCAUUGUACCGCCAGAAGCCUUCGGAGCUAUCGCAGCACAACUCGAGGCAAAAUAGUUGAUAUUACUGUACAAGUAUUGGUACCGUGCAUUAGACAAAAAUUAUUUACAACUAGACAUGUUAUCAACGUAUCAAACUGUAAAUCUCGGGUUCCUCCUUGUUAUUCAGAGUGUCUUUGCAGCAAAAACAGAUAGUUUGAUCAUUGUUUUAUAACAAAGUAUUUGGAAGUUGAUCUCCCCCUUAA